AUGCCGACUGAUCAGGACGACGAGAAAAGGCUGUGCGCACAGUGUAGGCCAAUCUUCACCGGCCAGCAGCGGCUCAAAAACUCCUCGAGUAUCAGAGAUCCAGGCCCUGUCCACCACUUCUCCGCCGCGUCCUUCGAAGCUGCGGCGAACUCUGGAUGCGUCAUCUGUGCUCGAGCGCGAGCUGCUCUGCGCAGGGAUGAGCUGGGUCAUUUGUUGAUGCAGGCCGGACGCGAGCCCUUUUCCCACCAUCUUUUGUCGAAAUUCCGGGAGGGGCUAUAUAUUCUGAAAAUCAUCAUCUACUAUGCUGUGGAAGGGUCUGCAGAGGGUGAGGAUGGGUUCGAGCAGUUUGUCUGGGAGACUCACUUGUCCUCGACUGAACGGUCGUUCAACCAGGCGCGCAAGUGGUACAUCGACUGCCGAGAAAACCACGCCAGGUGCAACAUAUCCCGGAGAUCUUUCUCGUAUUCUCCCACUCGCCUGCUCGACUUGAACUACGGCGGAGGUGAUGAUUUGCGGUUAUUUGCGACUGCAGAGGAGAGCAUCAAGGAAGAGUACGCAACUCUCAGCCAUUGCUGGGGUAGAAAAAGUAUCACCAAGCUUACAACUGAUACCCUGGCCCAGUUUCAGAACAAGAUUGAAUCCGCCAGUCUUCCUCAGACAUUCAGAGAUGCUGUUUUAGUUGCCAGGAGGCUUGGAAUACGCUAUCUGUGGAUCGAUUCCCUCUGUAUUAUCCAGGAUUCUUUGGAAGACUGGCAGAAAGAGGCGGCGCUCAUGGGUGAAGUUUACAGCAACAGCGCACUCAACGUGAUGGCCACGGCAUGCAGACACAGCCACCAGAGUCUUUUCCGGAGCAGAGAUCAAGCCGAAUUGCUGCACUUCACAGUUCGCACAUCAUGGGACACAAUAAAGCCAGAGACCUUCUAUAUGCUUUCUUGGUCUUUCUGGGACAAACAUACCUUGUUCGCGCCAUUGAACAGACGUGGGUGGGUGCUUCAAGAAAGAAUACUGCCACCGCGGGCGUUGCUUUUCACAUAUAACCAACUGAUGUGGGAAUGCCGCGAGCGGGAAUCAUGCGAAACGUACCCAGAUGGCCUUCCAAGACACUUUGAAAGCCCUUACAAUGGCUCUGUGAAACACCUCGACAUUGAUGCUUCCCAAGCGUGGCUUACGCAUCUGCAAGAGUCCAACCUCAGUCAGGAGGAUUGCUACGAAAAGUGGCGCCAGACGAUUCAUAUGUAUUGGUGUACUAUGAUCACAAAGGAUACGGAUAAGCUUGUUGCCAUCAGCGGUCUCGCCAAACGCAUGGGUGCCGCUCUGAAAGACCGGUAUUUUGCAGGCUUGUGGGAGGGCGACUUCCCCGGUAAUCUGUUGUGGUAUGUCUUUAUUGCUGGUGGGCAAAGUUGCCGGCCUAGGGAUUACAGGGCACCGUCCUGGUCGUGGGCUUCUGUUGAGGUAGAGGGGGGCAUGGACAUUUCGCACUUUCUGUUGCGUGGGCGUGUCGUCGCUGAGGUUGAGGAAGCCAGCGUAACACCUCUUUCAAACAUCGAUAUUACGGGAGAGGUGAUAGAUGGCCACCUUCGGGUAAAAGGCACCGUGUUGCAGGCAGACUUUGUUAUCCAUGACCCGUUCGUCAGAAAGAGAAGAGAGAGAUUGCAGAUUUGUGUCCAAGGGGACAAGGUACACGGAAGGUUUUAUCCAGACGAGAGCACCACUGCCACACCCACGUCGGUAUAUUGUCUCCCCGUGUGGAUAGAAACGAGGCCAUUGUGCAAGCAAGGGGCUGUUGCACUCAUUCUCAAGCCGGUGGAGGGAAAGCCUCGGGGUUGGUAUUCACGCCUUGGCUUACUCGAAAUCUCGCCGCCCGACGAAGAUUCAUCGUCGGGGAGAUGGAAGAAGAUGCUCAAGUGUUUGGAUGAUCCAAGUUCCGACGAUCAUUCAGUGUAUCUGGAAUCCUCUCCUGGGACAAUUAUGUUUGUGUAG